AUAAAUUAGAUAUUUUUUAUAAGUACUAAAAAGGUGAUUGGUGUUGGUUUGAUUAUUCUCCAAUGUGAUUUUUGUAUUUUACCCAAAAUUUAACACUAAAGUUAGUUCCUAAAUUAUUAAACAAUUGUAAAUAAGAACAAAUUUAGAAAUCUUGGAAACAAAUGUAGGGACAUGGAUUCUAUGGUGAUGUGAAAGGAAAAAGAUAAUAAAAAUAUGGUCGGAAUAUAGAAUUGUUUUGAAGAGAUAAUACCAACAGGACUACUGUUAGUGUUACGUAAGUACUGACGUUUCUCAAAUAUCAAAUUCAAUCAUUUUUUUUUUUAGUCUUCACUAUCUCUGCAAUAAGAUCUCAGCUAAGAUUCACUUCAUCACAUUGUAUUUGACAUUGAUAAUUGUAAAGAUGUCGAGCUCUCAGUGCUUUGAGAACCCACCGAUCCUGAGCUCAACCUGUGGAGAAGGGACUGUCCAAGAGUUUGGAGGCCUUCAAACUUACAUCACUGGCUCUCCAGAUUCUAAGCUUGCUAUCCUUCUCAUUUCUGAUGGUCUUGGGUAUGAAGCACCAGAUUUCAGGAAACUAGCGGACAAAAUUGCAGCUGCUGGAUUCUUGGUGGUAGUUUCUGAUUUUUUCUAUGGCGACCCCGUUAUUGAUUAUAACGACCCUAACUUUGAUGUAAAGUCGUGGGGCAAAGUUCACAACCCGGAUAAAGGAUAUGAGGAUGCCAAAGCUGUGAUUGCAGCUUUGAAGAGUAAAGGGGUUUCUGCUAUUGGGGCUGCAGGUUUUUGCUGGGGAGGGAUGGUUUUAGUGAAAUUAGCAAGUUCUACUGACCUUCACGCUGCAGUCGUUUUGCAUCCUGGUUCAAUCACAGAAGAUGAAGUUGAUGAUGUUAAAAUUCAUAUUGCUAUACUGGAAGCUGAGAUUGACCAGUGGUCCCCACCGGAAAAAUUGAAACAGUUUGGAGAGAAGUUAUCAGCAAAAUCUGAGUUCGACAGCUUUGUGAAAAUAUUCCCUGGGGUGGCUUAUGGAUGGACAGUAAGGUACAAUUUUGAUGACGAGUCAGCUGUCAAAAGUGCUGAAGAGUCUCAUUUGGACAUGUUAAAUUGGUUUACCAAGUAUGUUAAAUAAAAAUUUGUUUAUACACUGGUGUGGACACCAGAUAUUAUGCUGAUUUCAACUAGACUUUGUGCUUUUCUUUUCUUUUUCUUUUUUUUUUUUUUUUUUUUUUUUUUUUUUUUGAGUUUGUUUGAUUCUUAUUUUGAUUGAGGAUGUUAUGGGAUUGUACUAAGGAUUUUAAGGGAUUGUAUUUAAUUCUUGAUUAUAGCUUUCCUACUUGAUGUGAUCCUGGAAGUCCUAAAUUUAUUCCCCCUGUUUAAGUCUCCUGUCAAGCCACUGCUUUGUAAGAAAUUUGUAUGAGGUGGAUGCAACUUUGGUACUGUUAGAGAAAUUCAAGCCCAAUCAUGCUUGAUGUGCAAGCCAAGACAUACUUGUACUACAAG